CACUGAUCGUCUACAUAUAUACUUACUAGGAGCUUGGUUUAGGUAUAACACCUAGUUAUUAGAUUCUCCUUCAUGUUUGUUGCCUGGAAUUGUCUAUCAAAGUGUUCUCCAAGAUCUAUCCGAUCGGGGACCAAUCAGCAGCCCGAAUCUACUGGAUUCCGGGAUGAGUUCACCCGCAAUUAUCAUCACUGCAAUAUUCAAGUGUUGUUAAGCUGGAGUGUUUAUUGUUCCUUCUCCUCUUUUGAAUCGGCAAGAAAGGUGUCUUAUCGAAAAGAUCAAUAACUCCCAUCUGUAACAGUGUUACACUCUAAUUCUUAUUCCUGAGCAAUCUAUUCACACCUUCUCAGACCUACGCUGACACGUGGACCGCCAAUCAUCAAACAUCACCACCAUCGCCAUCACAAUCACUACCACCACCUCCACAAACCAGUCCACAAUGUCCGCUCGUCGCGCUGUCGAUAAAUCCUCUGCUAAGGAUGUUGUUACUCCGUCGAAAUCCGAGAAGUCCUCUGACUCGGAUGUGACCCCUGCAGUUCCCACAAAUGUGAUCAUGAAAUUGCUGGGCUUCUCCGCCGCCAUGGUGAUUGCACCUAUUGGCAUCUACUUUGUCACGGUUGAUUUUGUCGGUGGAAGUGCCACUGUCGGCGGCAUCGUUGCAGCCAUCAUGGCCAACAUCGUCCUCUUCUCCUACGUCUACGUCGCGUGGAAAGACGACCAGGCGGAGAGAGACGCCGACGCCAAGCAGAAGGAGAAGAAGGCGCAGUAGUUGCGGGUUCCGAGUAUGAUUUGGUCUUUGUUUUUAAAUAUCAUUCAAUACCAGGUGUUUGAUCUAUGGGCGUUCAAGGGCAGUUGCGUGUAUGCUAUGUACCUAUCAUGUGUCUAUGGGUGAUUGCUCCAGAAUAUCAAUUUGCAAGUCCUAUUAUG